AUGCUCGAAAACGCUUACAUCAGAGAGAGCCGCGUACCACUAGGCGGUUUCGCGGCUGCUUGGGCGGCGGACUUGGGCGGGCGGUGGGGAGUUGGGGACCCGUCCCGACACCGUCAGUCGCGACGAGUCCGCCGCGCGUGGUGGACGUCGCCGCAGCGUCACGCGCCCGCCUUCGCCAAGGUGCGCGAUCGCGAACGCGCUGCGCUACGCUCGGUUUCGGUGUUUAUGUGGGGCGACGAUAACCGCGGCAUGCACGAG